UGUUUGAGAUUAAUAGAGAAAUUCAGAGCUGAGACUUAGCUCUAGAUCUGAUUCGGACUAUAUUAGGUUUAUCCAGAGAUAAUGAUAUUGAAACCAUCCCUUUGCCAUCUCAUAAUCAUGAUCUGGCUGCUACACAAGUGUUCUUGCUUUCAAGCCAAGACCCUAACCUACCAAUUCAGUAACUUACCCAAGUCUACAACUCAGGUCCAGAACCAAGAAGCAGAGGCAGGAAUGUUCACAUUUGACUUCCUCCCGGAUGUGUCAAUUCAGCCAAUAAUAAUUAAUCAAGGAGUAUAUUUUAAUAAGAAAGGAGAAUACUUGGAUAUUGUUGGCCCAUUAUUCGAAUAUGAAGACUUCUGCUCUAUAGAGACAUGGGUCUUUGUGAGAAAGAUAGAGACAUCCCAUUUCCUCAAUAUGAAUGUCACACAGAAUAAGGUAGGUGCAAGUCCAGAUGUGCAGCCUGUUCAUUUUAUGUUCAUGGGAGUGACAAAAACAAUGUUUGCUAAAUUUGGGACCAAAGGUACAAAGAGUGACACAGCACUUAAAAGAGGAUGGAACAGAAUCGCAAUGACCAUGGAGUCUGGGCUCCUCAGGAGUAGCGAAUACCAGCCACUCAAAGGCCAUAAUCUUGGCAGCAGUGCUUCUUUAGGAGUUGCAAAGAAACCUUAUAGCUUAGGAUGACAAUUUGGUUGCAUGUUAAUUGAGCUUAUCAUUCACAGCUUAAAGAUAAGCAAUACUGUUGACUAUACAAUUGAGAUCAUCCCUGAAAUAUUUAACCCCUAUGGGUUCAGAUGAGGAGAUGGGAUUAAGCAUCCUGAAGCACUUGAGGAGUGAGAUGAUGGAGGAAACACAGGAGACAACAGUGUGGACAUAUACAAUGCUCCUUGAGAUGAAAAUUGAUUUCUAGGAUAUGUGUAUAGUUGGGGUAACAGCAUUUUCAGUUUAGGUUUUCCUGCUAUCUGUGGAGAUGGAUUCUACUCUCCCGUUGAGCCUUGAGAUGAUGGAAAUAAUGUCGAUGGGGAUGGGUGAAGUAGUAGCUGUUCUGUAGAGCCAGGAUACUCAUGUAUUCCUAAUUUUUCUACAACUGAUGUUUGAGACGUUCUUUGUGGAGAUGGGCUCAGAAGUAGCUCAGAAGCUUGAGACGAUGGCAACCUUGUGGAUGGAGAUGGAUGCAGUUCUAACUGAACUGUUGAAAACAAGUCUAUGUGUGUUGAUCAAACUCCUCCAGGUCCAAGUAUAUGAAGAGUGUGUGAAAUCAACCAUUGCAAAGAAUGUGACCCUUCAGAUUAUGACAUGUGUCUCGUGUGAGAAGACUCUUACGAGCUUAUAAGUAGCACCAUCUGAAGCUUAUACUCAGAACCUAAACCCACUGGAGAAAAGUGAGACUUCUCAGAGAAUCCUUGAGACGAGGAGGAAGUGUCUGCAACUGUUGCAGCGGCUACAACUUCUAUGGCAACAUCUAGCAUGGCCUUCGCAAGUGCUUCUUCAUUGAUCUCGAUGACUUCAGUGAAUUCGAUAUUUUGCACAAUGAACAGCUUGCAGCUUGCCAUACUUCUUCCCCUAGUUCCGGAUUCUUUACCUGCGAAAGUGUCGUCCUUGAUAACAGGAGUAGGAUUCUCAAUGCUUUCGUUUGAUUUCUUGAAGUUUAAGAAAAUUCCUUUUGUAAGAAAGAUUCCUGGCUGGAUAAGCUAUCCUCAGGUAGAUGAAUACCUUAAUAGUCUGGGAAUAGAGUCAGAAAGCGCCAUUGUCAACCUCCUCUCACUUAUAGCCGUUCUGGGAACCAUCAGCAUAACUCAUAGUUUGAUCCUCAUAAUUCACAAACUCUGUUGCAGAUCCAAGACCAAUAAAUGCAGCAACUUCUGAACGAGGCUGUUUCGGUACUUCACCUUCAGCCUAUACAUCCGAAUCCUUAUGCAAUCACUGAUGUUCAUUAACUUGUGUGUCUUCUCAGAGAUUUAUUCGCUAAAAGUAAGAACGAUCAUUUCCAAAGUUUCGAUCGGAGCUUCAAUCCUGAUAUUUGUAGGCAUCAUCCUUCUCAUGGGCUUGUGACUCUUGAUGUAUUACAAGUCCUUUGAUUCGAAGAAUUUAGAGAAAUAUUGGAAGUGGACUGAGUUUUUCAAUGGGAUCAAGUCCAAGAGGCUCGCCUACAUUUUUCCGAGCUUUUUCUUGUUGAUCAGAAUUCUUUCUGGAUUUUUACUUAUUUUUGGAAAAGAUUCCCCUGCUUUGAAUAAAGCUAUAAUGUUUUUGAUCUUGAAUUUCAUCUUUGCAGUGUACUUGGUACUUGUUAGGCCCUUUAAGAGUGCCCAGGACAAUAUUAUUGAAGCUAUCAAUCAAGUUAUAUUUUGUUUCCUGGUGACCCCAUUAAUAUGGCUCAAGACUAAAAAUGAUUGGACGAAAUUUUAUGAAAGCUAUUACACUUAUAGUUUCAUGAUGUCAUCACUCAUUGUCAGCGGCAUAUGAUUUGUAUUUAUGGUUAAAUCAGUCAUUUCUCUUCUAAAGAAAACCAUAUGAAAGGGUCGCCCUCAGAACAUUGCUCCAAAAGAGACCACAAAAAUCGAAAAACUAAAGAUCCCAAAUAGACUCAUAAUCGAAGAAAGCAAGAACGAAUUCACCGACAACUCCGCCAUAAAAUCAUCCCUCGACAUCGCCAGGAGCAAUUCCCACUCCAUCAGCCCUCUCAACCCCCACGACCAGCACAUAAUCCCCAAAAUCCGCUCAAAAAUCGGCCCUCUAAAAAGAUCCAUGUUCCAAAGACCCCCUCCAACCCUCCAAUCUCCCAAAUAACCAAUCAGAAUUCCCCUAAUUUCUUCCUCAACAUAAUCCUCCACCCACGGGGUUUUGG